UCAAAUCUCUACUUUUCAUACGGGGGGACGGAGUUUCCAUGCUCGAGCUGUCGUGCCUCGGGUUCUCGGCUGAGUUUGGGGAAAUGAAAGUUACAAGGGGCCAGGCCUGACCCAGCAUGUGAUCCGGAGCCUCACGGUCUCAAAACAGAUUCCUCGACCUCAGCCCCAUGGCGGCGCUGAGCGCUCUGCUCCUGGCCGCGCUGCUGUGGGUCCCUGCAGGCACCUUGACCUGCUACGGAGACUCUGGGCAGCCUGUGGACUGGUUUGUGGUCUACAAGCUGCCGGCUCACAGCGGGCCCGGGGUUGCAGCGCAGAAGGGGCUGCAGUACAAGUACUUGGACGAGGGCUCCGGGGGCUGGCGAGAGGGCGUGGGGACAAUCGACAGUUUGAUGGGAGCCGUGGGCCGCAGCCUGCUGCCGCUGUACAGAAACACCAGCCAGCUCGCCUUCCUACUCUACAAUGACCAGCCGCCUAAUUACAAUGGGACUCAGGACUCUUCCAGCCGGGGGCACACCAAGGGCGUGCUGCUCUUUGACCAGGAAGCGGGCUUCUGGCUGAUCCAUAGCGUUCCCGGCUUCCCACCUACUUCCUCUGCUGGAUACAGCUGGCCUUCUUCUGCCCAAACCUAUGGGCAGACACUGCUCUGCGUGUCUUUUCCCUUCAAACAAUUCUCGAACAUUGGCAGACAGCUGAGAUACACCUACCCCCAAGUGUAUGACUACAAGCUGGAAGGGACCUUUGCCCAGAUAUUCCCUGACCUGGAGGAGGUGGUCAAGGGCCACCACGUUUACCACAGCCCCUGGAACAGCAGUGUAACACUCACAUCAAAGGCAGGGGCCACAUUCCAGAGCUUUGCCAAAUUUGGAAAGUUUGGAGAUGACCUGUACUCUGGCUGGUUGGCGGAGGCCCUUGGCAGCAACCUGCAGGUCCAGUUCUGGCCACGCUCUCGUCACAUCCUGCCCUCCAACUGCUCUGGGGUCCAGCAUGUGCUGGAUGUGACCAAGAUAGCCUUCCCUGGGCCAGCCGGGCCCACCUUCAGUAGCACAGAUGACCACUCCAAGUGGUGUGUAACCCCAGAAGGUCCCUGGGCCUGUGUGGGUGACAUGAAUCGGAACUUGGAAGAGGAGAAACGAGGUGGGGGCACACUGUGUGCCCAGCUGCCCACCCUCUGGAAGGCCUUCCAGCCUCUGGUGAAUGCCUGGAAGCCCUGUGGGGAGAAGAGCAGGACCUUGUCUCCAGGAAGCCCAGCAGAGAGUCUGAGAGCUAAGGCACAGAAGCCAGUUUGAACUUCAGUUUAAAUCCCUAUUUACUCGCUUCCUAAUUGUGACCUUAAUUAUGUGCCUUAACCUCUCUGUGAUUCAUUCUACUCAUCUGCAAAAUAGGAACCAUAACACCUGAUUUAGGAUUGGUGAGGAAUAAAAGGAAACUGAUGGA